CUGUCCAGCAGGUGGCAGUAGACAGAGUAUAUCAAGUGACGACGAAGACGUUCAUAAACCACCCGGAAGUAGCCCCUUACGAGUUAGGUAACACGUUUUAGCAAAUACGGUUCAAGUGUUUUAUCAUUUUCUGGAGUCAUCACGAGCAAUAAGCCGAGAUGGCGUCCUACACGUGCAUCAGCUGCCGGGUGUCGUUUGUGAAUGGCGAGGUCCAGCGUGCACACUACAAGAGCGACUGGCACCGCUACAACCUGAAGAGAAAGGUGGCUGACAUGCCGCCCGUCACUGCAGAGAACUUCCAGGAGCGUGUCCUGUCCCAGCAGGCCGCAACUGAGAAGCAGCUGAACCAGGCGGCGGGCAUGGAAGGCUGCGGCGUGUGCAACAAGAAGUUCUCCAGCGCCAACGCCUAUCAGAACCACCUGCAGUCCCACAAGCACCAGCAGGCAGAGCGGCAGGCUAUGCUCGCUGCCCAGCGGGAGGUGGACAGACUCAACGAGAAGAACCUGGAGAAGGGACUCGGUGACGAGAAGGCGGACCACGAUGCUCAGAACCAGGCCCUGCAGCAGGCCCUGAAGAAGCAGCAGAGGGCCGGGCCGGUAAAGACCAGCCAGGACAGGAUGGCGAAGCGCAAGUUGGAGAAGUCCGACAAACCUCCUCGACUGAUGUGGUUGGAGGAGCAGGCCAAGCGACGAGAGCUGGAGGGCGAUGAGGACGCCACAGAGGAAGAGGAGUGGGAGGACGCUGACGAGGAUGAUGAUGAUGAUGAUGAUGAAGAGGAGAGCAUGGACCAGGAGGAAGAAGAAGACACACAGCGCCCCACCAUUCUUCCCGGGUCCAUCCCCGUCACAGACUGUCUCUUCUGCUCGCAUCAUUCUAAGUCGCUGCUCAGGAACGUGGCUCACAUGACUCACGUACACAGCUUCUUCAUUCCCGACCUCCACUACCUGGUCGACCUUAAAGGCUUUGUUGGCUACCUGGGAGAGAAGGUUGGAGCGGGAAACGUGUGUUUGUGGUGCAACGAAAAGGGGCGCUCCUUUUACUCCACCACGGCGGUUCAGAGUCACAUGACGGACAAAAGCCACUGCAAGCUCUUCACAGACGGAGACGCCGCGCUCGAGUUCGCGGACUUUUACGACUUCAGGAGCAGCUACCCUGACAGCAAGGAGGGGCAGGAUGCUGACAUGGAGGGGGCGGGGCUUCCUGAUGACGACAACCUUCUAUAUGACGACGACACUUUCGAGCUAACGCUCCCUUCAGGUGCCAGGAUCGGCCAUCGCUCCCUGAUGAGAUAUUACAAGCAACGCUUUGGAACGCAGAGGACGCUUGCCCUGAGCCACAACAAGAACGCUGUGGGCCAUGUGAUGCGUCACUACAAAUCCCUCGGCUGGUGGGGCGAGAUAGGCAACAGCGGGCUGCGUCACAAGCAGAAGGACAUGCAGUACGUGCAAAUGAUGAAGUCCAAGUGGAUGCUGAAGAUUGGCAUGACUCACAACACCACCAAGCAGAAACACUUCAGAGUCCAAGUCAUGUUCUGAGGAGGCACAACAAGCAGCUGUCAUCAUGGAAAUGGUUUAUUGUGACAAUUUAAGGAGAAUAAAUGUACUGAAUUUACUGAUGAGA